AUGCGGCUGCGUUUCCUUUCAAAAAUUUUGGAUCUACCACCAGAAAACCUAAUAAAGUGCAUAUCUGCAGUUCCUGUCUCCAAAAAACGGCAAAUUGCUGAUUUCCAGCUUUCCAUUGAUUCCAUAACAGAGCACGGUUCUAGUGAUCACUCAGCAAAAGAUCUUCAGCUUCGAGCUCAGACAUUAGCAGGGAAGCUACAAUGUGAUUCUGUAGUGAGUGAGAUCACCGCUAGUCCAGGAACAGUGAACUUCACAAUAAACAGGGAAUUACUAGCAAAGACUGUGUUGCAGCAGGUGUUGAAAGAUGGCUCAGAAUAUGGAAUAAAAAGUGAACUCUUUUCUACAGUGCCUAGACAAAAGGCAGUGAUUGAGUUCAGCUCCCCUAAUAUUGCCAAAAAGUUUCACAUAGGACACUUGCGUUCCACAAUAAUAGGAAAUUUUAUAGCAAAUCUCAAAGUUGCUUUGGGACAUCAAGUAACAAGAAUAAAUUACCUUGGCGACUGGGGCAUGCAGUUUGGCUUACUGGGUGUUGGUUUCCAACAGUUUGGCAAUGAAGAAAAACUAAAGUCCAGUCCUUUACAACACCUUUUUGAGGUGUAUGUACAGAUUAAUAAAGCAGCAGAGGAUGAAAACACAAAAAAGCUGGCUAAGGAUUUCUUUAGAAAGCUGGAAGAACAUGAUGAGCAGACAUUGUCACUUUGGAAACAGUUUAGAAGCUUCAGUAUUGAAGAAUACAUCCGGAUUUAUAAGAGAUUAGGAGUGCAUUUUGAUGAGUAUUCUGGAGAAUCGUUUUACCAAGAGAGGUCCCAGGAAGUUCUGAAGAUUUUGGAGGAAAAAGGACUUCUUCAGAAAACAACGAAAGGGACAGGAAUUGUGGAUCUCUCAGAAAAGAAAGACCUUUCAUCAUUUUCCACUGUCAUGCGUAGUGAUGGGACAUCUCUGUAUAUAACAAGAGAUGUUGCUGCUGCUAUAGAUCGAAUGAAUAAACAUAACUGUGAUACUAUGAUGUAUGUGACAGAUAAAAGUCAAAGUAAUCACUUUCGACAUUUGUUCCAAAUACUGAAGCUAAUGGGUUAUGACUGGGCAGAAAGGUGUCAGCAUGUGUCUUUUGGGUUAGUUCAAGGAAUGAAGACUCGGAGAGGAGAAGUUAUUUUCCUGGAAGAUGUUUUAGACGAAGCUCGCUCGCGGAUGUUACAGAACAUGGCCUAUGCAAAAACAACCAAAGAGCUAGAAAACCCUGUAGAGACAGCAGAGAAGAUUGGUCUUGCAGCACUAAUAAUCCAGGACUUCCAGGGCCUUCUGUCAUCUGAUUACCAGUUUAGCUGGGAUCGAGCUCUUCAGAGUCGGGGAGACACAGGCGUGUUCUUGCAGUACACACAUGCCAGACUCCACAGUUUAGAGCAGAUGCAUGGGAAUGGGCAGCUGAGUGAUGUUGAUGUGGCAUCCUUGCAAGAGCCGGAGGCCAUCUCAGUUCUUCAGCAUCUUCUCAGGUAUGACGAGGUCCUGUAUCGCUCGUCUCAGGACCUGCAGCCCAAGCACCUUGUCAGCUACCUCCUCAUGCUGAGCCACGUGGCCGCCGCUGCCCACCGAGCCCUGCCCGUGAAAGGCAGCGCCCAUGGCCUGGCCCAGGCAAGGCUCUGCCUCUUCCGCGCCGCACGCUCCGUUCUCGCUAAUGGAAUGAAGCUCCUCGGCAUCACACCUGUAACACAGAUGUAA